AUGAUAAGCAACGAACUAGAUUAUCUAAAGUUCAUAAUAUGUGAUGUAUUUGGACAUACUUGCAGUGAAAUAGUAGAACUAAUUUUAUUAUAUGGAAAUAAAUUAACCAUUAACGAAAUUAUUAAUUUAUCCAAUUAUGAGUUCAGUAUAGUUAGAAAUAUUUUGUUAUAUCUGUUGAUCCACAAUAUUUUAGAUAUUCAUAUAAUUUAUGACAAAUCAGGGGAAUGUAGCCAUAUUGCCUCCAAAUAUGGAAAGAGUAACACGACCUUAGGGGAAAAGUACAGCAAGGGCCUUCAUUCAAAUAAAAAGAAGACGUUAAAAAGAAACGAAGCACAGGUAGAGGAAGCAGGAGUAACUACAGGAGUAACUUCAGAAGUAAACACAGGAGGAAACGCACGAGCAAGCACUAGGGAGGGUCUCAAUUUGAACGAAGAGAUUAUUUUAUUACCGGAUCACGAAAAUUAUAAGUACAUGAAAGGAUGUAAGUGUGCCUUGUGUAUUUGCAAAAUAAAAAGAGUAGAAUAUUUUGUUAUAAUUAAAAAUAUUUAUGUUCUUGUGAGAUAUGCCUCUAUAUUUUAUUACAUCCAUCCAACACAUAUAAAAGAAAAGAAUGAAGAUAACCUAGAAAAUAUGAACAGUUUUACAUCUUCUAGGUCUUCAUCUACUAUCAGUUCCAACGUAUGUUACAAUUUCUUUGUAUCGGAUGUAAUACUUGACGAUAGUUUAGCAUAUUUAGACGAUACCAAGAACAGUAGUAAUAGUAAUAACAGGAGUAGUAGUAAUAACAGGAGUAGUAGUAAUAACAGGAGUAGUAGUAAUAACAGGAGUAGUAGUAAUAACAGGAGUAGUAGUAACAACAGGAGUAGUAGUAACAACAGGAGUAGUAGUAACAACAAAAAUAGUAGUAACAACAGGAGCAGCACCAACAAUAGAAGCAACAUCCACAACAAAAAUAGUAGUAACAACAGUAGUGGUAACACCUUUGAAGAGAGCCCAGAAAGAAGAGACAUAAUAAACUUUAUCGAAAAGGUACUUCUAAUGAGAGUUAUUAAAAAAGGUAGAAUUACCAUGGAAAAUUGCUUAAAGAACAUCAGACAGGAUGAUUAUGUUGAGGUGUGUAAGAAAGAGAUUCCAAAUUUUAGCAAAAAAAAAUUAAAGUUAAUAUUUUUUCAAUUAUUAAAAAAGAAAUUUAUAAAAAAGUGUAAGUAUUUUAAUGAACAUAUUUGCGAAAAUAAUAAAAGCAUAAGUGAAAAUAAUAAAAGUAUAUUUGAAAAUAAAAAUAGCAUAUGUGAAAAUAAUAUCAUAUAUGACAGUACUAUUAAUUAUUAUACUGCAAAUACUGAUAACUUAUCUUGUAAUUGCAAUAAUGACACAUCAGACCUUAUUAAGAAAAAUAAAAUAAAAGAUGGCUCAAAGAAUAAAGAUAUAAAUUUUGGUCAUUUAGAACCCUCAUAUCACUCUAAUGAGGUUAGUCUUCACAAUAUUAACCCUAGGGAAAGCAAAAAUAGUGAACCAAUUAACAUAUCAGAGUUUUCAAAGAAUAAAAACAUUAGUAUUGACAAUAACAUAAACUGCAUUAGCGGCAUGGAAAGUAUUAGCAGUGUGAACAAUAUUAACCACAUGAACGGUAUUUCUGUUCAUCACAAAAUGCAGGAGACAAGCAAAACGAACACUCACAAUGUAACAAAAAAGGAGUUAACAAAAAAGAACAAAAAUAGCAGCAUCAUAUCGAAAGAAAUGAUAAACACGAUAAGUAAUGUUAAAAAAAGAAAAAUACAUGACAAAAAAGAUAAUUUUCAAAAUGAUAAUAAUUUGAAAAGUUCAGAUAAUAUAGAAGACAUACUUUUCAAUGUACAUAGUGAACAAGAGAAAAAUGGGAAUAGCAAAUAUAAGAAAAGGAACCAGCAAAAUAGUUUUAGUGAUACUAUUUUUUGUGGUAAUAAUAGAAGUAAUGAUAGUAUUGGUGGCAUUACUGGAAUCAGCGAAAACAUCAGCAGUAAUAAACAUAGUAAUCAAGGCGCACAAGAACUACAUUAUAAUGAUAAAGAGGAUGAGGGGGGAAAAAAUGCCAUAACAAUUUUGCAUAAAAAAAGAGAGGCCUCUUGUUACAUGGACAACUUUUCAUAUGAUACGAACAAAUUUUUAAAUAAAGGGAGCAUGCAAAAUAAUCUCUUUGAAUAUCUUGAUAACCCAUUCAUCUACUUCCAAGCAAAUAAUGAAGUAUUAUCUCUUUUAUUUCUAAAACAAGAAUGUUUUAAUUUUAUAACAAACUAUUUUAACCUGAACGAAAUAGGAAAAUGUAUAUUUUUCUUUUUAUUAACUAAUGUUCAACUUACUUAUUGUGCAGAGGACAACACAUAUAGGGAUAAUCCUUUUUAUUGUUCAUUUGAAAAUAUAGAAAAAUAUGUAAUUGAAAAAUUAAAAAAGAAAAAAAUAUUUAUUGAUAAAAAUACAGUGUUACAAAAUUUAAAUAUACUGAUAAAAUAUCCUGAACAGUUAAUAAAAACACAAUAUAAUAACAUAAUUACAUAUUCUGUUGAUUUCACAAAUAUUAAAACAAUUUAUAAAAACAAAAUAACAUCUAAUGUAAUAGAAAAUAUGAAUGGUUCAGAUGCAUUAAGAAUAUGGAGCUUCCUCAUGUCAACACCUGAGCAAAAAUUGAAUGAUGAAGUUAUCAGUGAAAAUGUAUUAAUACCUUUGAAUGAUGUUAGAAAAAAAUUAUAUAAUUUAUUAUAUUAUGGAUAUAUAAAAUGCCAUGAGUGUAACAAUAGUAACAAUAACAAAACUUAUAUUAAGCAUUCCUUGUCCUUUUCAACAAAUAUUUAUUAUACAAGUAACAAAAUAAGGGAAAACUUAUAUGCCAUAGCUAAAAAUAUUUACAUUAGGAAAUUCUACGAAAAUAAUGAAAUUAAUAACCUCCAUAAUAGGUCUAACAUGUGUAUCAGCGAGAAGGAAAACUACAGAGAAGUGGAUAUAUGCAACAACAUAAAACAAGUUAGUACCAUCACUGCCACACUGAAGAACGACAGAAAUAGUAGUGAUGAAAGAUUCGUUUACAACGCUAGAAGUAUAAACAGAGAUAGAAGUAUAAACAACGAUAGAAGUACAAACAAUGAUAGAAGCAUAAAAAACGAUAGAAGCAUAAACAACAAUAGAAGCAAAAACAGCGAUAGAAGUAUAAACGAUGAUAGAAGUAUAAACUAUGAUAGAAGUAUAAACAACGAUAGAAGUAUAAACAACGAUAGAAGCAUAAACGAUGAUAGAAAUAUAAACGAUGAUAGAAGUAUAAACAACGAUAGAAGCAUAAACGAUGAUAGAAGUAUAAACAACGAUAGAAGCAUAAACGAUGAUAGAAGUAUAAACAUUGAUACAAGUGCCAAUAAUAAUAGUAACGUUAAUAGAAACACCAACAAUAGCAACAACAGUAGCAGUGCCACCAACCUCAACAAUAUAAACAAAAAGGGCAUAACUUUAACAUCACGGGAAUAUGCGGUAGAUUACUUAGAAAUAAGUUUGAUCAAUUUAGACAAGCUAAUUUUCAUUUUUAACAUCUGA